GAGUGCCCACUUUUAAUUAAAUGAGAGGACGUCCCGGGGGCGUCUCUCCGCUGACAGCCCAUUACCUACUUAGCAGUGGACGGGUCUUUCUGACACAGCGCGCCGAUCUGGGGAGACGCUGAGGACGGAAUACUGCUGGAAGCGCGAGCUGUCAGAGACAGUUUCCAAACACAUCAUCACGUUCCUGUCUGACAAUGACGCUGGUCUUUGUGCUGGUCAUCUGCAGUGCGGUCGCCUUGGAAACGUGGGGGGCUCCCAUUCCGAUCCUGCAGAAAUUCGAGUGGACGCCAGGGGUCAUCACUUACGGGAACGACGACCGCACGGUGGAGGAUGUGGACACGGCUGACGGCUGCGCAGUCCUGUGUCUGCAGGAGAGCACGUUCAUCUGCAAGUCCUUCGACUUCAGGUCGAAGGAGAAAGUGUGCAUGUUGAGCAAGGGGAACUCCUACACGGCUGGGGUGGGGCUGCGGCUGGCUGCUGGGGCGGACCUGUACGAGGUGCUGCCGGAUUACAUCCCGACCGAAGUUCCCACCACCACGGCAAGGCCCACAGCUGCUAAGCCCACAGACCCAACCACGCCUGAAGCUGAGGGGCAGGACGACCCAAACGCCGGCGGCCUGCAGGACCAGCCAAGCGCCGUGCCCGUCUCUACAAAACGGAAUGGCGGCGAGGAUAAGACUGAUCAGGACAAGGAGACACAAGAAGACGGAGAUAUGUCCGACGGGAAGGCUAGACGGAAAGACCGCGAGGGUAGGAGGAAGAAGAAGCGGGGUAAAGAAAACGGUGAAGAGGACAACGGCGGGAAAAAUGGAAGGCGCGGACGUAAGAGAGGCAGGCAGGGUAGGCGUAAUGGGGAGAGAAAGAAGAAUAGAAGAGGCAAGGGCAGAAAUGGCGGCAACGGCAAACGACCAUCCAAGAAGAUGGACGUCGAAAACACAAACGACGUCACAAAGACAAGCUCACCGACGACUCCGAAAACAACCGUUCCUCCAAGGCAGACGACUCCAGAUCCAGAACCCUACCACACCCCGUCCCCACUGGACAGUGACAUUGACGCCACCGCGGUCGCCAUGACGACGGAGAUAGUGCCGUCUGACGGUGACCUGUCAGAGACUCCGAACUCUUUACGGGGUGAAGUUGACGAUACCCCGGCUAUGGGGGAGGGAAACACUGCUACUGCUGAUGCCGGUACAGGAGACGAGCCAGGUGUAGCCGGCAACAAUGCGGAAGGUCUGCCGUGAGCUUGUACCUUAUCUGUAGCCUGUGCUAGGAAACUUUUUACUUAUCGACAUGGUGAUAAUUUCAAACGUUAAAAAUAUUUUGUUAAUAGAUUAUGCCUUCCAGGCGGGGAAAACGAAAGAAUACACUUACUUCUGUGUAACGGCCAAGAGCUGAGCUUGUUAAGGGAAGAAAUUAAAGAUAGACUUUCCUGCAUCAAGUACUAGUACUCUACAAGAGGAAAAAUCCAGCCUCUACGACUUAUUAAAGACGUAGUAGUAGUAGAAGGGAGGAAAAUACCUCCUCUGAUAUUACUAGUAAUGUAUUCUACUAUGUAUUGUGCAAAGUGUGCAUGUAAAGUUGUACCACAAUCUAGUAAAGAGAUGUGACUACUCAUUUGACUAGGUCUGUUUGGACUUGAUUGACAUUGAUUUAAUUACAAGCCUAAGUAGGACAGUUAAAUUAACCAAUUAACUUGCAUUGGCCUACAUGGCCGAGGUCAUCGACAAAUAAAGGAAAAUUGUUCUU